AGGUCGUUUAAUUCAUUUUUUGCUUUCAAUUUGUUUUUGCAGAGAAUUAGUAUCAUCACUGUCGCUAUAAUUAUGAGCUUCGCGUUACGCGGAGGAUCAAUAGCAGAUAUAGAAGCUGGAUUUCCUAAUUUCAUUUCUCAGCAAUCUCCGCGAAUUCAUGACGAUCGUCCAGUUAAUUUCAAUCCCGUAGCCUUUCUUAUCACAGUUAUUUUGCUGUUUAUGAUUUUGAAUUCUUACCAAAUAUCGCCGAAUUUCGUGCUAUGGAUUGUUGUCGGUGUAUUUUUUAUGGCCACGAGCUUGAGAAUGUAUGCUACUUGUCAAGAACUUCGAGCUCAAGCUCGAGCUCAUGCUGUAGCGGCUAGAGGUUUAUUAGGCGGUCAUACGGAAUUGCGUUUGCAUGUGCCUCCGUCGAUUGCUUUUGCUACUAGAGGACGGUUACAGGGACUUAGACUUCAGCUAGCUCUUCUUGAACGGGAAUUUGAUGACCUAGAUUAUGAGACACUCAGAGCUCUUGAUUCUGAUAAUGUUUCAACAACUUAUUCGAUGAGCGAGGAAGAGAUUAAUGCUUUACCUGUUCAUAAGUACAAGGUUGCUGCCUCAGAGAAUGCCAGCACAUCACAGCAGCGUGGAUCAUCAUUUUCAGCUCCAAUACAGACGAAGCAAGACUCUAGAAAGGCAGAGGGGAAUGAGAAGGCUUCAGAAGAUGGAUUAACAUGCUCUAUUUGUUUGGAGCAAGUCAACAGUGGGGAACUUGUUCGUAGCUUGCCAUGUUUGCAUCAGUUCCAUAGCAAUUGCAUCGAUCCAUGGUUGCGGCAACAAGGUUCAUGUCCUGUGUGCAAACUUCGGAUGGGUUCAGGAUGGCAGGAAAUCAGAGAGAGCGAAUCUGAUGUUCCAGAUAUGGUCUAAUGACUCCUCUAAAGUAAUAAAAUCCUGUGCCGUAAAUUCUUGUACAUUCAACCAUUUUGUCUUUAUGCAUAGAAUAUAGGUAAAUGUAAACCAAGUUUUACUUAAUUAGAGAAUUGAUUUAUUUCUUGCUCCUAAAAUGGCCUGGCUUUUAUUUGCUCAUACGUAAUUUUGGUGUAAUGUAAAUGAAUUUAUAACUUUUUUUAUAAAAUUUGGUUUUAUGGUUCA